AAUAUAUAACUUAAAUUUCUUAAUGUUUGAAACGAAUCAAUAUUUCACAUUUUUGUUCGAACGGAACAAGUAUAAAUAUAUAUAAAAGCUCCAAUAAGAGAAGAAGAAUCGGGUAGUAGCAGCCGUUAAAACGUUUGCGAUUGGUCGAUUUCCUUCAUUCGUUGGAAGGUUGUUGGACCGACGACAUAAAGGAUUACUUUACUGUUACAGAAAGAAGCUUAUUUGUUAAAGGAGGGAUGUUGGCAUAUUUGUUAAACACGUGAAAACGAACGAGCGUUUUCCCAAAUAUCCUACUAAUUAUAGGUUUAACGAUGUUGGAAUAUAAUAAACGUUUGCAAUUUAUCUUGCUUUUCUGCUUUAAGUUUGCUUGCUCUUCUAAAUUACAUCAUCAUCUAAACCAGGAUUUCAACUUAGAAGAAGAUAUCAGCGGGGAUAUUUACGAGGGAGAAAUAACGGAGAGGGGUGAACUGAAAACGGGAGAAAGUCCAUUAGCGUUUAGUCAGGAGACUUUAGAAAGAUUAGCUUUAAAUCCCGAUAUCGAAGUUAAUAUAGAAGUUGUAAAUGAAAAUAAUUGGCACGAUAAAGAAGACGUGACUAAUGAUUAUAGAAGCGCGGAAACUCCAUUUUUGGAUUAUAGCGGAGAAGCUGAAUUAGUAACAGAACUACCCGAAAAGUUUCGUACGGAAAAACCACCGAAAAAUCAUCACAAUUCGAGAACGAGCAGCGAACAUUCGGAUGACGAUCCCUGCGAUACUUGGAUCAACUGCAGGAACGAAUUUCUUCAAUUGUACCUUCGACAAUUAAAAUACCUGCCGAAAUGUCCGUGUUUAUAUCCGGCGGAUAUUCUGUAUAACGACAAGAUAUGGGACGUCACCACUUCAAAAUACAACAGGUGGAGAGAUGCGAGUGGAGAUUCGGAAAAGUUAUUCGUGUACAAACCCGGAGCGGUUUAUUGUAUCCGUUCUGUAGUAACCAGCGGGAAGACGGGUUUAGCCGCUCAACACUGUUGUUACGACCAAAAUAGGAAGCUGUUAACGAGAGGGAAAGGAGCCGGAACUCCGAAUUUAGUCAGUCCCGACGUAUCCAAGCUUUUACAUUACGAAGUGGACAUUAAACCGUGGAUCGUAUGUAAAGGAGAUUGGACUAGAUAUAAUCGAGCACGUCCGCCGGAUAAUCGAAUGAACUGUACGGAAAAUCCGGACGACGAAGAGUACUCGAUACAAGCGAAGAGAGCCAAGCACUAUUAGCGCCAUCUAUCGAUCGGCGGCGUAAUUAUAAUAUUUUUUUUCUGGACUUUUGUGUAAUUUAUUUAUUUUCAAAUUGAAAAUCGCCGGGAAGUGCGAUCUGUUUCUCUCAAAAAAUAUAUCUGUACAGAGAAAUUUAUUAAUUCUUGUUUAAAAUAAACAUUUUAAAAUAUUU